AAAUGGGGAGUUCUUAGGGUGAAUUUUUUAACAGAAUAUAAGAAACUGUCUCUUAACUUUUAACUAAAAAAAUUAAGAACCGGUUCUUAAAUAAUUUAUUUAACUUUUAUAGGUCGGUUCACUCACCUUCCCCAUACUAACAAAAAAAAAGUGGAAGCGGCGUAGCCUAAUGAAUAAAGUUUAAAGGAUUCUACACCUAGGUCUGGGGUUCCAACGUAGACGAUUAGUUGCCCGAGCUCCAAAGUUUUUGUUAGUACCGUCACCAAAGUUAAUCUCGUUUGGUGCUUGCCUGAGCCUGAAUGGAAGACCGGAAGAACCGUCAGAGCAAGAAUCAAAGUCACCGGAACUCCUUAGUUUCGUCGGUAGAAGUCGUGACUCCAGAGAACAUGAAUCCCCUUUUCUCACACUCUUUGAUAUUUUUUUCAGGUAUGAGAACGAAAUGAGGAAGUUUUGCUGGUUCUUUUUUUUCCACAAUACCAAGCCAGACCCAUCCCGCAAUGGCCCAAAACUACAAUAUCUCUACCCAGAUCCGCUCCGCAUGGACCUUCUACAAGCCAUGCCCCCGGGUCGCUGUCCAAUUGCCAUCCCUACUUCGGCCACUCGCAUGUACAAGCUUCUCAAGGAUGUCAUGUGUUAGUAAUGUUUUCCAAGUAACCAAAAGUUAAAGAAUUAAUUAGGAUCUGAGAUAAUAAUCUGGAUAUCUGUUUGAACAUCUCAUGAAUAUAUUGGUAACGUAGCAUAUCAAAACAUACUUAACAUUUGACCAUUAUAAACUGCAUGUAUGAUAUAACUGCUUUGCAAAACCUGGACUCGGAUUUUAAGAAGUCAAAAUGUUCAUGGUCUAACCGUGUGCAGUCUAAAACAAAGGCUGAAUCAUGUUCACACAACACAUGAACUGAGUCACAAGCAAAGCAGUAUCACGAACAUCGAUCCACAUAUGUUGAGAAGAAGUUAAAAGUCUUUUUGUCAUUUGUCUUGUUUCUUCUUUUGAAUAAUAAAAUAUGAUAUGUCGUAACUAAAACAUAAAGCUGCCACCUUCUUUUUCUGCCACUCGAAUUCGUUCCACGUCCUUUCUCUUUACAUUUCCUUUUUGCCACUAGCAUGAUACCGCUUGAACCUAGCUUCAUAGAACACUGUCGUCUGUCGAAUGGCAUCACAAUUUAUUAUUAUUAUUAUAAGGCAUACAUCACAUGAAAACUUUGGUUUUAUUGGUACUUAAUUGUAUUGCUUUGGUAUCCUUAUAUUAUUACUAUAUAUUUCCUAUUUUUAUUCAUAUUUCUAAUUUGGUUUAAAUUGUAUAAUAGUUUUAUAUAAUUAAAUAUCAGAAAUAUAAUUUAAUAGUAUAAAUUAGAAAUAUGAAUAGAAAAUAGGAAAAAUAGUAAUAUAUAUAAGGAUUCCAAGUGGGAAAAGGAAAAGGGAUUUCUUUAUAUAAAGAAAGCGUGUGUCGGUGUUGAUGAUAAGAAAGCAAGCAGAGCGAUGACGCUGAGAUGUGAUUCAAAGAGACACAAGUUUUGUAAGAGGAUGUCCAAGGAGGCACCGUCAUGGUCGUUUUCGUCACUGCCAGACGAUAUCAUCUUAAACGUCUUAGCACGUGUUCCGAGACGGUAUCAGCCAAUCCUCUCUUGCGUGUCGAAGAAGUUACGAUCUCUAGUACGUUCCUCUGAGCUUCAGAUAACGCGAUCUCUCCGGGGAAAAGGGGAUCGCUUCUACGUCGGCUUUAAAAAAGCGUAUUCGUGUUCUUCUUACGUAACCUGGGAUUCGUAUCAUUGGUUCACUUUCACUGAGAGUCAUCAUCGUUUGGCCUCGAUCCCGUUCCCUUCUUCUCCGCUCAAGCCUUACUCUACAACUCCUAUUAUGGUGGGUACUGAUAUCUACAUUGUGGGCGGCUCGAGAAACAUGUGGAUCCUGGACACUCGGUCUGGAAAGUUGCGUCGGGGUCCAAAGUCGCCUGUGUUCAGAGAUAGAGCAGCCGUGGGACUAGUUAACGACAAGAUUUACAUUUUUGGAGGAACUUGUCCAAAAAGUUAUUACGAGGAUAUUCAAGCGCAAGCGUUUGACCUAAACACCCAAACUUGGCAACUCGCGCCAAACCCUAGCGUGAAAGUGAAUAGUAUAAAUAAUUCUGUGGUAACCCCGGCACUAGGCAGAAAAAUAUAUGUGAUGAGUGGUAAGAACGUCAUAGUUUAUGACACUAGAGAUGGUACAUGUGACGAAAUUAUAAGAGCUGAGGACUUCAACAGUCAAACUAUCUGUGUGGUAGACAACGUGCUAUACAUGCAUUACCAUGAUGUUGGGUUAAUGUGGUAUGAAUCUAAGGCUAAAGAAUGGAGAGUGGUUCAUGGUCUGAAGUUCAAGGGUUAUUUCUCUAAUAUCAAAAUGGCUGAAUACAAUGGAAAGUUGGCGUUUUUGUGGCAUAGUGUGAACAAUGGAGAGGUUUGGUGCUCAAUGAUCGCCUUGUAUGGGAGUAGUAAUGUAGCCAUUCGAGGGCUUGUCGAGUGGUCUGACCGUCUACUUUCCGACGUCCCUUUUAGCUACUACGUGAAAGAUUUUAUGGUUUGUACGGAUUAUUAUAAGUAGGGAUCUCUUAUCUCUUUUUUUUUUCCUUAGUGCUUUUAGAGGUUUUGUGUUCCUGUAGUGAAUACUUGUUUCAUAACUGAGUUUGUUUUGUUAUUAGCAUUUUUUUGUUGCUAAAAAAAAAUGUAAAUUGAAAAUAAAGGUUGUUUUGACCAAAAAAAGAAAAGGAAUAAAGGUUUAAGUUUACAAAGAGCGAUUAACAAAAUGUAGAGCUUAUGGAAUUGGUUCCAUGGCAAAAGAAAUUAAAAAUGUAUGAAAGCAAAGACAGUCGAAAAUUUAUAUGUUCAUCUUGGUAGCGAACAUGAGUAGAAGAAUCGAUACAAUCUUGACCUAUCUGAAGGAGAGGUCGAGCUGAUACUGGUAUAUCAAGAGAGACACAAAGAGUCAAAGACAGAGUGUAACAACGACUAACUUCGCGAGCAAGAAGUUGAUUCAGCACAAGUAUAUCAGAAUCCAUCCAUCCUCCAUGCUAGAACGACAAGUUUGUUUGCUGACAAAGAUUUGGUUGAACCAGUUGAGUACGUUCUUCUGGUCGGACUAAUCGGUCUAAUUUUGGGAUACAUUAUGAAGAGCACAUAACCACCUGAGUUCUUCGUGCCACAUACCGUCAGGAAAGAAGAACUUAUUUUGGGAAACAGACUUUUUCUUUUCGUUGUAUCUGACAGCUUCGCCUGAAAGGUGUCUCUUAGAUGAUUUGUAGUGAAAAUGUCAAUAACUCAUUUUGCUUUGUUUUUAUUUAAACUUAUAUGAAGGGUAUAAAUAUUUAUAAAAUAAAUAUACUAUAAUAAUUGAUUGUUAUUUAUUUUUAAUUUUAAAUUAAUUUAUAAUUUGUAUGCAUAAUUUAUAUUAAUAAUAUUAUAUUACUUUAAUUAGACAUAUGAUUUUAGAUAUGUUAUAUCUAGGGUUUUGUUGUUUUUAUAGUCGAUUUAAUUAUCAUUUGGGUAUAUUAAAUUCCAUCAACUAUAAUAUUUUUUAUUUUAAAUAUAUUAAAAUUAUGAU